UUAAAUUGUGAUGAUAUUGAUAACAUUACGGAUAAGGAAUAUAUUGCGUCAGGAUGGACCAAAGCCGUGUAUAAAGGAUUAUACAAAGGGAAACCAGUCGCCAUUAAAACUGUUGAUAUUAGAGGACAGGAUGUUGGGUCCUGUGUAGAGGCAGGGGGUUCCGUUGAGGAUUGUUAUUGGAGAGCUGCCCAGAAAAUCGUUAAAGAAAUAGUCAUACUGCAGGGAAUUCCACAUGAUAAUAUCAUUAAGGUUAUUGGAUUCUGUGUUCCGCAGAAAGACUCUGAGAAAGAUGGCGGCCGAACUGUUGUCAUGGUAACGGAAUUAGGAGAAACUAUCGAUUUAAUAAAACUUCUACAAAUGUCAUGGGAAGAGAGAUUAAGGAUAUCAUACGAUGUAACAGUAUUGAUGUACCAUCUCUCAGGAACGCUGUACGGACCAGUCUCUAUGAACGACUAUAGACGUCAACAGUUCGUCUUAGUUAAUGGUCAACUCAAGUUAUCUGAUGUUGAUGACGUGGGCUUUGAUGAACCUACAUGCUCAGAGGACAACGAUUGUCUUGUGAUAUUUUCUAGUUCUAAUUUUACCAAAAAACUGCAGUGUGUGGACGGUUACUGCCAUGGUUACAAUGAACACCGAAAUCUCUUUAACGCAGGCCGCCAUUUUACAACCUUUUUAUUACCUCAUGGUGCACCUAAAACCCUAAAACUUCCUAUAGACGAAAUAGUUAGUGCCUAUAAUAGUUUAUCUUUGAACUCGAAAAAAUUCGUUGAAAAAAUGACUCAAGUUGUGAAUGCCUAUAAAAGUGGGAAAUAUUUAAACAGAUCUUCAGUUGAGCAAAAGAAAAAUUAUAUAAAAUAUAGUAGUCGUGAUCUACCAGGUGAAUACGACUACAGAUGUCGCUACUCGAUGUCUGGAGGAGGCUGCACAGUUUCUGUGUUUGAUAGGAAGGAGGCAGAGGAUCUCUGUUCACGAGAUCCUGAAUGUAAAAGCUUUGUGAUGACCAAUUCUUUAACAUGGACAGGUAUGUGUCUUGUGUUUUUA